UAAAAGGGGCGUGCAGCUGGCAGUUUUACCAAAAAUUGAACAACAAUCAUUCAGUAAAGAUGCAUCUGUACACACGAGUUCUCCUCCUGGCCGUGACCCUCUUCAGCGUCAAUGCUGGCCGUUUGGCAGGCGAUGCGGCCCUCGAUCAGGUCCUCUUCCGCAUGGUCGAAGUCCAGAUGGAGUCCCGGGCCCUGUCCCCCGCCGGCCAGGCAUGCUCCAACAACUACGUGAAUGCCACCACUAAGAAUAGCGAGAAGCUGUCCAAUGCCACAAACGCGUGCGAGGAAGCCGCCAACAGCACCACUGUGGCUAACAACAAGAACAGCAAUGCCACUGUGAUCAUCAUCCGCAACCAGCUGUUGAGCCUCGAGCAGAACCUGCAGCUAUGCCGCAACGAGACCGACUCGGCCCGCUUCAUCAACUGCACCGUAUCCACUUUCGAUAAGAACCUGCAGCUUUUGGACACCUCCAACUCUAUGGCCUACCAGACCCAGUCACAGUUCGCAUCCAAUGCCACAGUGGUGGAUGCUACCCGCACCAACUGCAUCAGCGCUGCCGUCAGCGAUGCCAAGGUGCAGUCCAUCCAGGCGGCUAACGACUUUGACUCUUGCGUGGCCAAGAUCCCAUCGCAGCGAGAGAUAACCCAGAAGCAGAAGCCUGAAGAUCAGAUCCAGGAAAGGCCAGUUCAGCAACAGCAGCAGCAGCAACAGCAGCAGCAACAGCAGCAGCAACAGCAGCAACAGCAGCAGCAACAGCAGCAGCAGAAACAGCCUCAGCAGCAGCAGAAUCUGCCCGUGAAUAACUAGACUUUUGAUGAAAAAUAAAUGUUUUCCACUUGUCAAAUGC